AUGCAAUUGGGAAUGGAGAUUAUUAUUAUAUCCUUCAUAACUAUUGCAUUGUACUUUAGUUGCGUAACACUAUACUGUUUAUAUGGAAGAAAUAACGGAUCGGACACCUCAGAGAGUGUACUUAACGCGUAUGACGGUCAACCAGACAAACUCGAAGGUGCCCAAUUUAAAAGAUCAAAAUUAGAGAAAAUUCACUCAUUCUUUCGGAGGUUGCACGCUGAAAAAGGUGGUGAUAGUUAUCAUUAUAUACCUUUGAACUCCGUUUCGGUUGUGGAUGAAGAUGAAUUUAGCGAAGUUUGCGUUGAACCCGUAUUUAUCGAAAAACUGGAAAUCGAUGUUAUCGCGGAUUCGGAUACAUAA